GUGUGCGCGAUGACAGAGACUAAACGAAAAUUGAGAAAACUUAUUUCGGACGCUAAAGACUUGGACAGUGUACUUGAUGCUUUGGUCGAAGCUCGGGAUCGACGGCUUUGUAGAUCUGUUAAAGAUGUGCUGAGCUGUUGUGCGUUUGUCUUGGCGCUGUCCGCCAUCACGGGAUCCAAUAACUGGAGCAUCCUGUCAGACGCCUUUUACCGGGGAUGGACAUUGACCGUCGGCCCUUUGUUAUCUGGAGGUCAUCAACAGUGUGCUGUGGGAUUGCCGGACUUCUUGGAGGACGUGCUCCGACCACCGAUUGAUUGUUCGUUUUGCAUUGGACUCGAAGCCAUCGACAAAGUAUCCAACAUGUCGGCCGAUACUUUCGAAAAAGAGUACGCAUACACCGGUCGGCCGGUGGUCGUUACCGGCGAUCCGAACUUGGGCCAAACAACGGGUCUUGGUUUUGAGUUGUUCAAAAACUUAUCUAAAGCCAAACAGCUGAAGUCUUGUCAGUACUUCCCGUACAAAACGGAAUUCCAAACGCUAGAAGAGGCGCUGGACAUGGACGAGAGACGAGCCGCCCUCGAACCCGGUUACAAACCGUGGUACAUCGGUUGGAGCGUUUGCGAUUACAAUACUGUUGAAAUUCUUAAAAGGCAUGUGGACUCACCGAGAUUUUUGCCAGUUGACUCGCACUACAAGCCAACCUUGUGGAUAUUCAUGGGUACUCCAGGUCACGGAGCUCCAAUGCAUAUAGACAAAGUCGCUUAUCCUUCCUGGCAGGCUCAACUCAGUGGAUCGAAGAAAUGGACUUUGAGGACACCGCUCGAAUGCUUUUUCAAGUGCAAACGCCAAUUCGAAGUCAACAUGGAAGCUGGUCACAUAAUAAUAUUGGACACGAAUGUUUGGUAUCAUAAAACCGAAACUAUCGGCCAAGAUAUCAGUAUAACAGUAGGAGGCGAGUACGAUUAAGUACAUCGACG